AGUGCCGAUGGACAGGAACAGCUGUUUGACAAAUGACAGCUCAUGCUCUGAAUUCGUUUUAAUUGUUGUUUUCUGUCGUUAGAUAAACUAUUUUAAAGGUGGAUUUAUUUCUGCAAGUGCCGAUAGCACAACAUAUGUACUGUUUAUGCUCUAUUAAUUUGAACAGGAUAUGAAAAAGGGAAGGAAACACCAGCAAGGUACAGGAGCCCGGGUGAAUGGGAAUGGAAAUGCACAGCAACAUGGAGAGCACGAGUCGUGGAAAAAGCUGAAGCUGGUGGUGAUCCACCAGGCCCUGAACUGUGACCCUGUGGACAUUGAGACCCUGCGGAGUGCGGCCGUCAGCGAGGGAGGCCUUCUAACAGACGAGAUCAGGAGGAAAGUCUGGCCCAAGCUGCUCAGCGUCAAUGUGUACAACUUGCCUGCUAAACCAACCAAGGAUAUCCGAGAGAACCACAAGGACUUCAACCAGGUGCUCCUUGAUGUCAGGAGGUCCAUGAAACGUUUCCCAAGAGGCAUGCGUGUGGACGAGAGGCAGGUACUACAGGAACAGCUGAUCGACAUCAUCCUGGUUGUCCUACAGAAGAACCCUGCGUUACACUACUACCAGGGUUACCAUGACAUCGUGGUCACCUUCCUACUGGUGGUUGGAGAGCGCAUGGCCAUUGCCAUGGUGGAGACCCUUUCCAAUCACCACCUCAGAGUUGAAGACCCAAUCCAGCCUCCCUAGCACCUCAUAGUAUCAUCUGAUUUACUAAACAAAAGGCACAUCUCAGUAGGUGGGUCAGGUCAUGAGUUAUUGCCUUGCUUUGUUGUUGUCUUAGGUAUCGCUUUAUGUAGUGUUGUCUCUCUCGUCGUGAUGUGUGUUUUGUCCUGUGUU